CUGUCAGGGAGCCGGGAAAGGCUGGGGAUAAGGAAAGGCUCUCCGAGUGAGGCUACCAGUCUAGCUGGCUGCCUCCCGCGGAUGCUCGGGGCCGGGGAGCAGGGCAGCCGGUGCUCCCAUGGACCUCCCCAGCGGGAUGCUCCUCGCCUGCUCCCUCUGCCUCCUGCCGGGGUUCAGUGACACCUUCAACAUUGACACCAGGAGGCCCAAAAUCAUAGCUGGCUCUAAGGAAGCGUUUUUUGGCUACACAGUGCAGCAGCAUGACAUUGAGGGGAAGAAAUGGCUGGUGGUGGGAGCUCCCUACGAAACCAAUGGCCAGCAGAAGACAGGAGAUGUCUACAAGUGCCCAGUGACCAGCGAUACCCACAGCAACUGCACCAAACUCAACCUAGGACGGGUAACACUCUCCAACGUCUCUGAGCGGAAGGACAACAUGCGCCUCGGCCUCAGCCUGGCCACCAACCCUAAGGACAACAGCUUUCUGGCCUGCAGCCCGCUCUGGUCCCACGAGUGCGGGAGCUCCUACUACACCACGGGCAUGUGCUCCCGGGUCAACUCCAACUUCAGGUUCUCCAAGACAGUGGCUCCGGCUCUGCAGAGAUGCCAGACGUACAUGGACAUAAUCAUAGUUCUGGAUGGAUCAAACAGCAUAUAUCCUUGGGUUGAAGUUCAACACUUCCUGAUAAACAUCUUGAAAAAAUUUUAUAUUGGCCCCGGCCAGAUACAAGUCGGAGUUGUUCAGUAUGGAGAAGAUGUUGUCCAUGAGUUUCAUUUAAAUGACUACAGGUCUGUAAAAGAUGUGGUAGCGGCUGCCAGUCACAUAGAGCAAAGAGGAGGUACAGAAACCAGGACUGCCUAUGGGAUAGAGUUUGCUCGCUCGGAAGCGUUUCAGAAAGGUGGCCGGAAAGGGGCAAAGAGAGUAAUGAUUGUAAUCACAGAUGGAGAGUCGCACGACAGCCCAGACCUGGAGAAGGUGAUUGAGGACAGUGAGAAGGACAAUGUCACCAGAUACGCGGUGGCGGUAUUGGGUUAUUAUAACAGAAGAGGAAUCAAUCCUGAAGCUUUUUUGAACGAGAUAAAAUUUAUAGCGAGCGACCCAGAUGACAAGCAUUUCUUUAAUGUCACAGAUGAAGCAGCGCUCAAAGACAUUGUAGAUGCACUGGGGGAAAGGAUAUUUAGCUUGGAAGGAACCAACAAGAAUGAAAUCUCCUUUGGACUGGAAAUGUCGCAGACUGGGUUUUCAUCGCAUGUUGUGGAAGAUGGGAUCUUGCUGGGGGCAGUGGGUGCCUACGACUGGAACGGAGCUGUUCUGAAGGAAACCAGCAGUGGGAAGGUCAUUCCCUUGCGGGAAUCUUAUCUUCAGGAGUUCCCGGAGGAGCUGAAAAAUCAUGGAGCGUAUUUAGGUUACACUGUCUCCUCCGUCAUAUCCACCAAGCAUGAGCGUAUUUACGUCGCGGGAGCACCCAGAUUCAACCACACAGGGAAAGUCAUCAUCUUCAGCAUGCACAACAACCGAAACCUCACCAUCCACCAGGCACUGAAGGGAGAGCAGAUCGGCUCCUACUAUGGCAGUGAGAUCAACUCCCUCGACGUCAAUGGCGACGGCGUCACAGAUGUCUUGCUGGUGGGAGCCCCCAUGUACUUCAGCGAGGGCAGGGAGAGGGGGAAGGUCUAUGUCUACACCCUGCGAGAGAACCGCUUUGUUUCCAGCGGUGCCCUCGUCGAUCUGCAGAGCUACCAGAACUCCCGCUUUGGCUCCUGCAUCGCCGCCGUGCCUGACCUCAACCAGGACUCCUACAAUGACCUCGUUGUUGGGGCACCUUUGGAGGAUGAGCACCAAGGAGCGAUAUACAUCUUCCUCGGCUUCAAAGAGACUGUCGUGAAGAAGUACAAGCAGCGGAUAGCAGCUGCGGACCUUGCACCAGGCUUGAUGUAUUUCGGAUGCAGCAUCCACGGACAACUGGACCUGAACGAAGACGGGCUCAUAGACUUGGCCGUCGGCUCCCUGGGGAACGCCGUGCUGUUGUGGUCCCGCAGCGUGGUCCAGAUCAAUGCCAGCAUCCGCUUCGAGCCCUCCAAAAUCAACAUCUUCACCAAGGACUGCAAGCGGAACGGGAAGGAUGCCACCUGCAUGUCAGCCUUCAUCUGCUUCACUGCCGUCUUCCUCUCAGCUCACUUCCAGACAGCCAGCGUCGCGCUGCGGUACAAUGCCACCAUCGACGAGCGCAGGUACACGCCGCGGGCUCACCUGGACGAGAGCGGAGAGCGGCACACACAGAAGGGGCUGGUGCUGCUUUCCAGGCAGGAGCACUGCGACAGGCUCCAGUUCCACGUCUUGGACACAGCUGACUACAUUAAACCAGUGACGUUCUCCAUCGACUAUGAGCUGGAGCACCCGGAGAACGGCCCCAUGCUGGAUGAUGGCUGGCCCACCUCACUCAAGGUCUCGGUCCCUUUCUGGAAUGGGUGCAAUGAGGAUGAGCACUGUGUCCCUGAUCUUGUCCUGGAUGCCAAAAGCGAUGUGCCCAGUGCCAUGGACUACUGCCGGCGGGGUCUGCGGAGGGCAGUGCCCGACUGCUCCGCCUUCACCCUCUCCUUCGACGCCUCCGUCUUUGUCAUCGAGAGCAGCAGGAGGAGGGUGGCCGUGGAGGCGGUGCUGGAGAACCGAGGCGAGAACGCUUACAGCACGGUCCUCAACAUCUCCUUCUCCAGAAACCUCCAGUUCGCCAGCUUGAUCCCCAAGGAUGACACGGACAUCAACAUCGACUGCAUGACUGAAGACAAGCACCCCAACAAGAGAGUGUGCAACGUGAGCUACCCGUUCUUCCGAGCCAAGGCCAAGGUAGCUUUUCGCCUGGAUUUUGAAUUCAGCAAGUCAAUUUUCCUUCCAAGCAUGGAGAUCUACUUGAUCGCCAACAGUGACAGCGAGGAGAAGGAGAGCACCAAGGAGGACAACUUUGCCCACCUGAAUUUUCAGCUGAAGUACGAAGCUGACCUGCUCUUCACCAGAGCGUCGAGCUUGGACUACUAUGAAAUCAGGUCGAACAGCUCCCUGGAGAGAUACGACAGCAUUGGCCCCCCUUUUCAUUGCACCUUCAAGCUGCAGAACCUGGGCUUCUUCCCUGUGGAGGGGGUGACCAUCAAGCUCACCAUCCCCGUGGCCACUCGGACAGGCAACCGCCUCCUGCUCCUGACUGAAUUCGUGGUGGACCAGGAGAACACGACCUGCAACAUCUGGGGAAACACCACUGACUACCGGAGGACGCCCACUGCGGAGGACCUCUCCCGCACCACCCUCCUGAACCACAGCAACUCCGACAUCAUUUCCAUCGACUGCAAUGUGAAAUUAGCCCCCAACGAGGAGAUGAACUUGCACUUGCGUGGCAAUCUGUGGAUGAAGUCUCUGAAAGCACUGAAGUUCAAGUCACUGAAGCUCACCAUGAACGCUGCUCUCCAGCGACGCUUCGGGAGCCCCUUCAUCUUCCGUGAGGAGGACCCCAGUCGCCAGAUAACAUUUGAAAUCUCCAAGCCGGAGGAGUCGCAGAUCCCCAUCUGGAUCAUCCUGGGAAGCACCUUAGGAGGUCUCCUGCUCCUGGCCCUGCUCGUCCUCGCACUCUGGAAGGUCUUCACAUAUUGAAAUCAUCCCAGGAACAGCAUGAACAAAGCAGACCCUCAGCAAAUACCCUGCAACGGAACCAAAAGUGGGAAAGGAUCAGAACAAAGCUACAGGAAGGGAUGAAGCAGCAGCUUUUCCACAAGAGCACUUGGUGUAACAUUUUUUUCUUAUUAAAAAAGCAGAAUUGUGGGAGGAGCAGCUUCCUUCACCUUAUUAUUACCUACAGAUAUUUCAAGCAUGUGCACUAGUUCCAGGAACAGUUUUAUACAGGUAUUUCACAAGAACACAACACGUUAAGAUUACUCCAUGUCAGAAACAGGUCCUGAGGAAAAAAAAACACAAACAAAAACCACACAGUGCAAGGAAAUACCGUCUCAGUCAAUGACACCACAACUCACCAUGAUUUCCGAUCCAGAACACUUUGUUACACAGCGAGCAGUGCAAGUCGCUGCAAGCGGUCAGCCCUCUCCUCUCCUUCCCCCACUCACCCAAGUCAAACAGGCUCAGGGACCCCUGACUCAUUUCUAGCUACAGGCACAUCACAGAUUACAAAUGUGCAAGUGUAAAAAGGAACAGCAAGGCAUCAGAGCUCUGUUUGAAGCACACAGCACAGUAUAACAGAAAACUUGUUUUCUGAAACACAUAUGCACCGAUUCAUAUACUGGUUCGCUUUAACCAAGUCAGCUACCAGCAACUUUACCAGGUAAGUAACAAUCAUCUGAUACAUGGUCUCAAGUUGUUCGAGUUUUGAGUUCAAAGCUUUAGCAGUAACGGACACAAUCCCAAAGUGGGAGACUAAAAGCAUCCCCAGUUCUUACAAUGAGCCACAGCAACUUUAAAACACUUUUUUGCAUUUUCAACAGCCAGGCUAAAAACUGUAAACUCUCAGCAAAAUACAAAACUGCAGCUUUCCUGAUGACUUCAGAUGAACACAUCUCAGCACACAGGAGGAAGACAUUUAGGGUAACAACUAACAGAAGCACAAACACCUUCCCAACCGUUCGAUAGCAUCCACUUGUUGCAUUAAGGCCCCAAGAGGCUGCAUUUGGCUUUGCCACUUUGCCUGACUGCAAGUCAUGUUUUUUAGGAGCAGCAGUCCAACCCACCCGAGAUACGAGUGACAGACACAUUUUUCAUUUUAGGAGCUAAUUCCUAGCAAAGUCUGCAGCUUAGAAGACACAGUAUUUCUAAAGCUUUUCCCUUGAAG